UUAAACCUAAGAUAAGCAAGUUCCCUCCCUCCCCUCUAGAGAGAAAGAGAGAGAGAGAGAGAGAGAGAUAUAGAGAUCAAAGAUGCAUGCAUAUACAUUAUAUAUAGUAUAAGUCUAUAAGUUAAGCUAGCCUCCAUUGAAUACAAAAAACAGAGGGACAUGCACCAAGACAACGAAUCCGGUUCGAAUCCGGUUCACGGGUCGAACUACUUGAUUGUUCGACCGCACCGAGGUGGCUACAGAGACUUGUUCCGGUACGGUGUGAGGGACGACGAAACGAGCAAGGAAAAGUUCUUGGAGCGGCCUGCAAACAGAGGAUGGAGCACGAUGACGAUCGAUGAGGAAGCAGAGGAUCACCGUUGGGUAAUCGUUGUUUCGAUCCUGGUUCGUAAGAUCAUCAGACUUCUCCGGACGCCGAUGGAAUACACAGGUUUCGUCAUUGACUUCUUCCUCAAUCUCUUCUCUGCCAAUGGUGGAUUCUUCGGUUUGCUUCUCGGGUUGAUUCAAGCAAAAGUUGUGAUACCAAAGAGAGGCUCUGUGACAUUUGUUAGUACGAUUGGGCAACUUGAUGGGAGAAUUGGUCUGUAUAAGGAAUGGAAUUUCGUCGAACACUUGGAGGGCAUUGACUCGGUCAAUCCAGAUUCUUCUGGAAGGGCUAAAAUCGAAUUGGGAAGUCGUGGGCUUAUGGAUUUGUGUGUGAUGGCGUCGAAGCUUGCGUAUGAGAACGCCAAGGUUGUUGAAAACGUCGUUGAUCUUCAUUGGAAGAUGAAUCUGGUGGAGUUCUUGGAUUGUUGGAAUGAUUAUCAGAAGCAGAUGUCUACACAAGUUUUUAUACUUACGGAUAAGCAGAAAGAUGCAAACUUGAUAUUAAUCAGCUUCAGAGGCACUGAGCCAUUUGAUGCAGAUGAUUGGGGAACCGAUUUCGACUAUUCUUGGUAUGAAAUCCCCAAUGUGGGAAAGCUUCACAUGGGUUUCCUCGAAGCAAUGGGUUUAGGCAACAGAGACGACACUCCCACUUUCCAUUACCAUCUCUUCGAACAUACCUCCUCUGAGGAAGAUAACAGUAAAAAGAAUCUCCUAGAUAUGGUAGAGAGAAGCGCCUAUUACGCAGUCCGAAUCGUUCUGCAACGUUUGCUUUUGGAACACGAAAAUGCCCAAUUUGUAGUCACGGGUCACAGCUUAGGAGGUGCUUUAGCAAUAUUGUUUCCCACAUUGCUAGUGUUGAAAGAGGAAACAGAGAUGAUGAAGAGGCUGCUUGGAGUUUACACCUUUGGACAACCAAGAAUAGGGAACAGAGAGGUUGGCUUAUUCAUGAAAGCUAAACUGAACCAACCUGUUGACCGAUACUUUCGAGUUGUUUACUGCAACGAUCUUGUCCCGAGAUUGCCUUAUGAUGACAAAACUUUCCUCUAUAAGCAUUUUGGACUCUGUAUUUACUACGACAGCUUCUACAACGAGACGAAAGUAGAGGAUGAACCGGAUCCAAACCCUUACGGUUUCCGUUACGAGGUUCUUGGUCAUGUAAUCGCGGUUUGGGAAUUGAUUCGAGGCUUGACGAUGGGGUAUACUCAUGGUCCAGAUUACAAAGAAGGAUGGUUUAGGAUAUUGUUUAGGCUCAUGGGGCUGUUGCUUCCUGGUCUCUCGGAUCAUUGCCCGACUGAUUACGUGAACUCGGUUAGACUUGGAUCAGAUAAUGACCUUCAGAUGUCACCUCUUUGAGGAGUGUUCUGUUUUUUUGAUCCGGAACUAGUUCUUGGAAUACAUUUUAACUGAACCUGAACCCGGUUAAGAUGUUGGUUCGUAAAACUGAAGUUUAGUUUGAGUUUGACUGUUUGCCAAAA